AUGUCGAAGAUCUCCAAGGUCAACCAUGCAGCAGGCAUCUUCGCCGACAUAUCCGUCGAUGGCCCCAUUAUUGGCACAUUGGUCGCUAUCGUUGACCGAGCGAAGAACCUACCCAACCGGAAGACUAUGGGCAAGCAGAAUCCCUAUGCUGCAGCACGACUAGGCAAGGAGGCAAAGAAGACACAAACAGACUUGCGAGGUGGACAAACUCCUCGAUGGGACUCGGAACUCCGAUUUACCGUACACGAAUCACCCGACUACUUCAAAUUGAAGGUCUCCGUGUUCAAUGACGAUAAGAAGACCGACCUGAUCGGUGAAACCUGGGUGGAUUUACAAAGCUUGAUCAUUCCGGGUGGAAGCCAAAAUGAUCACUGGCACCCACUUCAAUACCGUGGGAAAUAUGCCGGGGAUAUCCGGAUUGAAAUGACCUACUACGACACGAGACAACAAGAUGAGGUUCUCAUUGGACGCCGACAAGAAGCCGCCGACCGGGUCCAAGGCAAGGUCCCUAGUACUCCAGGCAGCACGGGCUUGUCUGGCCCCCGCCAAUUGAAAGAUGUCAAACGACGACCCUUGCCCAGUGGUCCUUCAGGGGCCUCGGCGAGACAACCUGUGGAACAAGCUCACUCUCCACUUCCACUUCAACAACCGGUCCCAUCGAGACCCGCCAUCCCUGAGCAUUCAAACAUUGCAUCUAGUGCUCCGGAAAGCACAUAUGCCCCGAGAUAUUCAGAGCCUGCUUACGAUGCAUCAACAUAUCACGCCCCUUCUCCUGUGCCGCCUCCCUCCCGGGGUGGGUAUGAGAGCGAUAGCCACACUCAAGGAUGGGACACUGCAUCUGUUGCUCCUCUCCGCCGAAAAAUCACCCAUGAACUGCCUUACGCUUCAAAUGAAGUUAUGGAAAAUACAUAUGAUCCGCGUUUGCUACAGCAGCAGCAGCAGGAACAGGAACAGCAGCAAUUUCAACUGCAUCAACAACAGCUGCAUCAACAACAACAACAACAACAACUGCAUCAACAACAACUGCAACAGCAGCAGCAGCAGCAACAACAACAACAACAACAACAACAACAGCAACAGCAACUACGGAAUCGUUCCGAAUAUGAUCGGCCACCUUCGAGAGACAAUCGCCUCACCAGGCAAAGCCAGUACGAGGCAGAUCCCUAUGAGGAAGUUUCAUACCUCUCCUCUCAAGACUACUCUCAAAUAGAGCAACCGCGAUACAAUCCGGACCCUAUGUCAUAUGGCGCAACCCAUCCACACGAUGUGUCAGGUUCAGAGUUCAUGUCUUCCUUUUUAGGGUCUGUGGAUGAACCGAGAUACCAUCCAAGAUCUCGCCCUCUACAAAUCACGGCUCAUGGUCAUGAUUGGCACCCAGAGUAUGCUGGAAUGCAACCACGAGUAGAGGAUGAAGAUGAUAACGGACCGCCCCCUCCUCCACCGGCACAUCGGUCACGGAGGCACUCUCAACUGCCCACCCCGCAAUCAUCGCCCCACUCGUAUGCAGCCUACACACCCCAGUCCACACCUCGAUCCUCGGCUCCCCAUCUACCAUCAAGCAUGCCUACCCCGUCCCACCGCGAUCACUAUCAGGAGCCUUCUUUAAUGGAGAACUCUCCCGCGAUGCCCGCAAGCCUCGUUGCAGGUCAUGAAGUGGAAGACCCAUCUGAGAAAGCAGCAUUUGAGCGAUCAGUCCGCAGACGCAGCACCCAAUGGGACGAUGAGAUGAUGAUCUCCCAGUCGCCUGUACUAGCUCCUGUAUCAGUCCCCGUUCACUACGAUGCUCCUGUCUACAGUCUGCGAACAUCCCCCAACCCUAUCGAGCAAAGGCCCACUUCUAGCAGAGGUGGAUCUGUCAGCUCUGAUAUGCGGGCUGUGACUCGGAAAUCCGUCAGUCCGCGGCCCUCUACUUCAGACGUCGGUGGUGGCUCUUCAGUCCCUUUCUCUCCCGACUCCUACAUCUCGCUAAACCCGAAUGCCUCUCACAAUCCCAACCGAGAUCCUUCCCCGGCGUACAACACACCUAUGCAGGCUAGAGAUGCUGUGAUACGUGGAAAGACUGAACCCCGUCGAGACGGAGAUCACCCAAUUAUAGGAGAUGAUGGUCGGGAGAUUGACCCAUCCGACCAUCUUCCCACUGAUACAUGGGCACCCGAACCAGAAAGGAAGAACCGCAAGCCUGAGGUCAUCAUCCGCUUCAAAAACUCGCCCCGGCCAACUUCUAGAGGCAAUGACGCUCCCCCACCACGCAGCACAGGCCAGCCACGCGUAGCAUUCAAAACUGAGAACAACACCUAUGCACCAGAUCGCCCAGUCAAGUUCACACCCCCCCAGGUGCACCCAAAUCCAGGGUCAAUGGUUCGAGCUCCACCUCGGCCGGACUACGCGCGUGAACGCUCUGACAGCUACGCGCGAAGUCGGGCCUACAGCGCGACCACUUCGGUUGGCCGGCCGCGCUCUUCUCGAGGCUCUGUUUCUCCAAACCCAGGGUCUCGUAAGCCACUGUAUGACUACAGCCCAGGUCCCCCAAUUCCAAGCAAAGUGCCAAUCACAGGAGGAGCUCCAAGCUAUCCCGUCAUGUCUGGCAAUACAAACGGAAACGACCGCAUGGAUGCCCUCAGUCUAGAGCUGAGUACGAUUGACAUUGGCUCUGCAGCUUGCAACCCUGGCCGGGGGGCUGUUCGAAAAUACGUCCCAAGACAGCCAGCUUCAAUCGGCUACGCUAGGUAA